GAAAGGCUAGAGCUGCUGGAGGUACAUACUCGACGUCUGGAAGAAAUUACAGACACAGAAAAAGUUUUACAAGUGAAUUGGUUUUGCAGUUCACGAUAUAACCUGUAUGAUCGCAAAACUCGUGGUUAGCCUACCUGUGGAUAUUGACUGCUAUUUUAUAACAACGACAACUUUAUCAUUUAGUUAUCAAAGUGAAACUAGCAUUAUUUUGUUGUAAAAAUGAAAAAAAAAAACUUGAAUAUUUUUAGACACUAAUUUGAAAGAAAACGCGGAAAAUUGCACUGCCUUCUGAAGCUUAUUGUGGGCUUUCACUAAACUGCCUCCAAAAAAAAAAAAGCCUUUGAGAAGUGGAAUCCAACUUUAUCCUCGACUUGAAAAGGGACCCUCGCCAGACUGCACUGCAAGGAAUCUACACCGUUGGCAAUAGAAGUUGCAUCCAACGGGAAGACAUUUCAGUCAUCAAGCUGUCAAGAUGAGGUGUGACAAGGUUAUUACCUAUCUCCGUGUCUUCGGGACAACGAUGUUUGGAGUUUCUCUUCUACUUGCAAUCACUGCUGCCUAUAUUAUGAACUACCAGUUCAUCAAAACUGACAAUUACUAUUUCUCUUUUGGGCUGUAUGGUACCAUUUUGGUUGUGCACCUCAUAAUCCAAAGCCUGUUUGCAUUUUUGGAGCAUAAAAAUAUGAAAAGAUCUCUAGAGACACCGAUCAAACUAAACAAAACACUGGCUCUGUGCAUUGCUGCCUUCCAGGAAGACCCUAACUACCUACGAAAGUGUUUGCUUUCAGUUAAAAGGCUGACUUACCCAGGGAUAAAAGUGAUCAUGGUCAUUGACGGAAAUAACGAGGAUGAUAUAUACAUGAUGGACAUCUUUGGGGAAGUCAUGGGGAGAGAUAAGGCUGCUACCUACAUCUGGAAAAGUAACUUUCACCACAAAGGUCUGGAUGAAACCGAUGAGUCAUACUUAGAAAGCAUGCAGCAUGUGACCCGGAUGGUCUUGUCCAACAAGUGUGUCUGCAUCAUGCAGAAGUGGGGUGGAAAGCGAGAAGUAAUGUACACAGCCUUUAAAGCUCUUGGAAGAAGUGUUGACUAUGUGCAGGUUUGUGAUUCAGACACCAUGCUGGACCCAGCUUCAUCUGUAGAAAUGGUGAAAGUGUUGGAACAAGAUCCAAUGGUGGGAGGGGUCGGAGGUGAUGUGCAGAUUCUGAACAAGUAUGAAUCGUGGAUUUCCUUCCUAAGCAGUGUUAGGUACUGGAUGGCGUUCAACAUAGAAAGAGCCUGUCAGUCGUACUUUGGCUGUGUGCAGUGCAUCAGCGGACCUCUGGGGAUGUAUAGGAACUCCCUCCUGCACGACUUCAUCGAGGACUGGUAUAACCAAGAGUUUAUGGGCAGCCAGUGUAGCUUUGGAGAUGACAGACAUCUUACCAACCGGGUGCUGAGCCUUGGAUAUGCUACCAAGUACACAGCUAGAUCCAAAUGCCUUACAGAAACCCCAAUUAGAUACCUGAGGUGGCUGAACCAGCAGACUCGUUGGAGCAAGUCCUAUUUCCGAGAAUGGCUAUACAAUGCAAUGUGGUUCCAUAAGCAUCACCUGUGGAUGACCUACGAAGCUGUGAUCACCGGCUUUUUCCCUUUCUUCCUUAUCGCCACGGUAAUCCAGCUGUUCUACCGUGGAAGGAUAUGGAAUAUUCUUUUGUUUUUGUUGACAGUGCAGCUUGUGGGCCUCAUCAAGUCUUCCUUCGCUAGCUGUCUCCGUGGCAACAUUGUCAUGGUCUUCAUGUCAUUCUACUCAGUAUUAUACAUGUCCAGCUUGCUUCCCGCCAAGAUGUUUGCCAUAGCUACGAUAAACAAAGCUGGGUGGGGAACAUCAGGACGAAAAACUGUCGUAGUUAAUUUUAUUGGACUAAUUCCAAUAUCUGUGUGGUUUUCCAUCCUAUUCGGUGGAGUAUUGUACACAAUAUACCAAGAAACAAAAGAACCCUUUUCAGAAUCUGAACAAACUAUCCUAAUCAUUGGUGCAAUAUUAUAUGCAUGCUACUGGGUCAUGCUUUUGACUUUGUAUGUGGUACUUAUCACUAAGUGUGGUCGGAGGAAAAAAGAACAACAGUAUGACAUGGUGCUUGAUGUUUGAUGUUCCCUCAAUAUGUUUACAAUAUACAAUAUAGUUUUAUAAAGACUUUUCUAAAGCGAACUCUAUCAGGUGACAGGUGGUGAUGUCACCAAGAGACGUGAAUCACUGCUGCUGUGCCUUAAUCAAGAAUAUUUUGUAUCCGGUUCAUAUGUGCCAAAGUGUGACAUGAGUGUAUCUUAAAAACCACCAAAUGAACAUGGAUCUUGUAUGAGUAUUAAAUGCCUAUGCACUUUUUAAAAGUUUAUUUAAUCGUGCAUAAUGCUUGACAGUGUUAAUUAAAAUAUACCUCAGUGGUCAUGUGUAUUGUGUGGGUGACUGGGAUGCAACGUGAGAAGACUUGUCCUCACUUCAAAUAAUUUAUCAACAAAAGCUGAAAUAAGUAGUCCUUUUUUUAAAUACGCUUUUAUAAUUAAUGCCAAAGGUGGACUUUACAACACAUUGGUCUUAUUGUAGGUAGUUUAUAUUAUUUUAUAAUUUGUUUUUUUAUAUGUUGUAUUACAGUUUCUAUUGGCAUAUUGUUUAUUUUUGCUUAACCACCAAAGAGUUUCUAUUUUCAUUCCUUUUUUUAUAUAUAUAAAAAAUGUGCAUUGGCAACUGUUUUAUGACAUGAAGCUUUGUACUGACCAAAAUGUGAAGAUUGACGCUGGGUCUAUGUAUUUGUAAUAGAAAUGAUAAAUGCAAUUCUAAUGAUAAAUUAUCAGUUGACAAAAGGGUGUCAAACCUGUGUUGUAAAAAUGUUGAACAUGGGGUACCAAUAUAUUUAUGUAAUUAUGUUUUUGGUUAAUAGCUUUUUAUUGAAAUUUAAAUUGUUAUAUUUAAUUUGUCAGUGUU